UCAAUUUUACAAUAAAUAGUAAGAUUAAAUUUGUAUUUUCAGAGCUCGGUUAACGGGUUGGUCAUGAAUACUGGGACAAUGCGACAAUGUAAUCGCUUUUUGAAGUAUCGGAGAUUUUUUAAAAUUAUUUGGAGGCGUAUGAUCAAAAUAUAAAAAUAUUGGGGGUUUUAUGUAAUUAGCCUUUAUUUAUUUUUCCUUAAGCCGCGGGUGAAGAUUUUUUUUUCAGUACUCCUCUCAAUCUCAAACGAAACCUAGCCCUCUAUCUCUUGAAUCCAUCAACGAAACCCUAACCCUCUUUAAGCACAACCACGACUUUGCCUCAAUCACAGAGGAUGAUUGUUUGGAUCUUUGUCUUUCGCAAGUUUCAGCUUCAAUCACAGAAGUUAUUUCUAAUUAUUUCUUCAAUCACAGAAGUUAUUUCUUCAAGCAUAGAGGAUAAGCCCUAACCCUCUCUAACCCAGGCUAGUAAAGCUGAUCGGGCUAAAAAGAAGCACGAAAAGGAAAGAGUGGUAAGGCUGCAGGAUAAAGAUAAGGGCAGAAUUGAAGCCCAAUUCAGAGUGGAUGAAGCUUUUUCACAAAAGAUAGCAGAAGCACGACAAAUGAUGCGGAAGAGAAGGACAUAUGCUGCCUGACUUUGUCUGCAGAAGAGUACGUGGAAUUACGAAACAGUUGUAUGCACUUCCUAUUGAAGAGAAAAAGAAGUACUCUCGAGCAAAUGAUGAAGCUGAAGGGUGGGGUGGUGACUUGAUUGUUUCAAGAAAACAAGUUAUAGAUUGGUCAGAUCGCCUCACUCUUAAAAUACUCCCUGAAGAUGAGAGAAGGCUCAACCUUUGGCCACAAGGCCCAACUGAUUUUAGAGAGAUUUUAAAUGAUUAUGCAAUGAAGAUGAAAUCUAUUUUAGAUCUUCUUAUUAAGGCGAUUGCAAAGUCGUUGGAUUUGGAAGACAAUUGCUUGUUGAACCAGUUUGGAGAUUGGGCGGUGUUGAGUGCAAGAAUUAACUUCUACCCACCUUGUCCAAGACCUGAUCAAGUUCUUGGUCUCAAAACUCGUUCAGAUAGAUCAGGAAUGACUGUUCUAUUGCAGGACAAAGAUGUGGAAGGUCUUCAAGUCCUCAAGGAUGAUCAAUGGUUCAAAGUCCCCAUAAUUCCCUAUGCCCUUUUCAUUAAUGUGGGUGAUCAGAUGCAGAUAAUGAGUAAUGGAAUUAUCAAGAGCCCAGUGCACAGAGCAGUAACAAACCCCGAAAAGCAGAGGAUUUCGGUGGCUGUAGCUACUAAGCCAGAAGAAGAAAGAGAGAUUGGACCAGCAGAUGGCUUAAUAGAUGAGAAAAGGCCUAGGUUGUAUAGAAAUGUGAAAAACUAUGCAGCAAUCAACUUUGAAUGCUUUCAGAAAGGGAAUGUAGCAAUUGAUACUGUCAAGAUUUAGUUCCAUGAAGAAAGAUGUUGAAAUUUGAAGUUGUAUGAGGAUUCUACUUGUUUUAUAAUGAAUAAAUCUGCACAAAAAUGCAGCUUUUUAAUUGCAUAUUACUGCGAAAGCACCGCGUUCUAAUGUGGCUUUGUCUGAAGGCUGAAUAUAUGAUGACAUAGAUAAAAAUGUUAUGUGUGGCUAAGUGCUGCUGUUUUUUUA